CCUGGAGCUCCCCUCUUCUCUUUUUACUGUCGUGUUGCAACUCAAUUCCAAGAUGGCCAUCGAUUUCAACCAUCUGCUUAGCAAUACUUUGCUUUCAGUAACUGUUCUCCUUUCCCUCGUCGGAUGGGUCAUCGCUUUCGGUGCUGCUUGUGCCAUUGGCACAUUUUUGGCCGACAAUGUCGCUACCACUUGGUGGGUCAUUAUCUUCGAGUUGAUUCUCAACCUUGGCAUUAUCUACUUGAUUGUUUCUAGCACGUUGCCAAUGUACCGCUUGGUGGUUUUGGCAUUCCUGGCUGUCAGCAUUUCUUACCUCACUGGUAGCAUCGGAACUUUCGUUUACUCUUCCAAUGCUGCCGCUGCUGCUUUAUCCGCUGGAUUGAUUAUAAUGAUCAUUAUGCAGUUCUUAUGGGUGUUCAUUUUUGGAGCCGAGGAAUCCAGCAAUUUUACAACCGCCACCGCUCCCUUCAAUGGUGGCACUCCUAUGGCUUUCCUGUCUAGAAACCGUGGUGAGAAGGAGGAAGUUGUCGACACUAAGAGCGCUGGCCACUCUGCUCCCGUCGGCUCCGUUGGCUACCCCGAGAUGAACGGCCACAAUGGUGGUGUCUACCAAGCAAACCACCCAUCUCAGCCAUUGCCUGCUGGCAAUGCUCCAGCCUCACCAGGCGGAGUUGGCUCCGCAGCUCCCCUGGAAUACAACCAGCAAGUCACUGCGCUUCAUGCUUACCAAGCUAACCCUGAGGAUCCUACUGAGCUCAGCUUCACCAAGGGCGAGGCAUUGGAUGUCGUCGAGUGUAAAGGAAAUUGGUGGCAAGCAAGAAAACAGGAUGGAACCAUUGGAAUUGUGCCAUCCAACUACUUCGCCAACUAAGCAUUUUGCACCAUCAACGCCAUUCACAUAUCAACUUUUAUCCUCAAUCUCCCAUCUGAACCUCACGUACUCUCUCACAAUACGAACUUGUUUGGAUAAAAAAGUUCCGCCCUUUUUUAUAAACACUCUAGCUACAUUUGCCGUUACUUUCAUGUACUCUGUCUCUGCAGAAAUAGCGCAGUCAUAAUAUGUAAUAACUUUUUUUAUAACAUCUGAUUUUGUCAGACCAGAAAAUUUCUAUGUUGCAUUGUUAGAUGGUU